CCGUCCUCUAGCACCCACCAAGCGGCGGCAGCGGCAGUGUCUAGAAAUAUAUAGCUAGAAAUAUCAAAUCGCCCCGCUCCUGCACCAUGGUUUUCCAAAGUAGGCUCCCUCCUUGGAUUAUUUUGUGCUCCGUCUGGCUGUUCCGCUUUGCACACACGGGGGAGGCACAGGCUGCAAAAGAAGUAAUAUUGCUGGACUCUAAAGCACAACAGACAGAGUUGGAAUGGAUUUCCUCUCCUCCCAACGGGUGGGAAGAAAUUAGUGGACUGGAUGAAAACUACACUCCUAUACGAACAUACCAGGUAUGCCAGGUGAUGGAGUCAAACCAAAACAACUGGCUUCGGACUAACUGGAUUGCAAAAAGCAAUGCACAAAGGAUUUUUGUAGAACUGAAAUUCACUCUGAGGGAUUGUAACAGUCUUCCUGGAGUUCUGGGGACUUGUAAAGAAACUUUUAACUUGUAUUAUUAUGAAACAGACUACGACAUUGGCAGGAAUAUCCGAGAAAACCAAUAUGUAAAAAUAGACACUAUUGCAGCAGAUGAAAGUUUUACCCAGGGUGAUCUUGGGGAGAGAAAAAUGAAACUUAACACAGAGGUGAGAGAAAUUGGACCUUUGUCCAAAAAAGGAUUCUAUCUUGCAUUUCAGGAUGUAGGGGCCUGUAUUGCUUUGGUCUCUGUCAAAGUCUACUACAAGAAGUGCUGGUCCAUCAUUGAGAACUUAGCUAUUUUUCCUGACACAGUGACUGGCUCAGAGUUUUCCUCUUUAGUUGAAGUACGAGGAACUUGUGUCAGCAGUGCAGAGGAGGAGGCGGAGAACUCGCCGAAGAUGCACUGCAGCGCAGAGGGAGAAUGGUUAGUGCCUAUUGGAAAAUGUAUCUGCAAAGCAGGAUACCAGCAAAAAGGAGACACAUGUGAACCUUGUAACCGUGGGUUCUACAAAUCCUCCUCACAAGAUCUGCAGUGCUCCCGCUGCCCUACUCACAGCUUUUCUGACAAGGAAGGAUCUUCAAGAUGCGACUGUGAAGAUAGCUAUUAUAGAGCACCUUCUGAUCCACCAUAUGUCGCAUGCACAAGGCCUCCAUCUGCACCACAGAACCUCAUUUUCAAUAUCAACCAGACUACCGUGAGCUUGGAGUGGAGUCCUCCUGCUGACAACGGGGGAAGAAAUGAUGUGACCUACCGCGUUUUGUGCAAGAGGUGCAGCUGGGAGCAGGGUGAAUGUGUUCCCUGUGGGAGUAACAUAGGAUAUAUGCCCCAGCAAACUGGAUUAGUAGAUAACUAUGUCACUGUCAUAGACCUGCUAGCUCACGCUAACUACACGUUUGAAGUUGAAGCUGUGAAUGGGGUUUCUGACUUGAGUCGUUCCCAGAGGCUUUUUGCAGCUGUCAGUAUUACCACCGGUCAAGCAGCUCCCUCGCAAGUUAGCGGAGUAAUGAAAGAGAGAGUGCUGCAGAGGAGUGUGGAGCUUUCCUGGCAGGAACCAGAACAUCCCAAUGGAGUCAUUACUGAAUAUGAAAUCAAGUAUUAUGAGAAAGAUCAAAGGGAAAGGACCUACUCAACAGUGAAAACCAAGUCCACUUCAGCUUCUAUUAAUAACUUAAAGCCAGGAACAGUGUAUGUUUUCCAGAUCCGUGCUUUUACUGCUGCUGGUUAUGGAAAUUACAGCCCCAGACUGGAUGUUGCUACACUAGAAGAAGCCACAGCCACAGCCGUUUCCAGUGAACAGAAUCCUGUUAUUAUCAUAGCUGUGGUUGCUGUGGCAGGAACCAUCAUUCUGGUCUUCAUGGUGUUUGGAUUCAUCAUUGGGCGAAGGCAUUGUGGCUAUAGCAAAGCUGAUCAAGAAGGGGAUGAAGAACUUUACUUUCAUUUUAAAUUUCCAGGCACCAAAACCUACAUUGACCCUGAAACCUACGAGGACCCAAAUAGAGCUGUCCAUCAAUUCGCCAAGGAGCUAGAUGCCUCUUGUAUUAAAAUUGAGCGUGUGAUUGGUGCAGGAGAGUUUGGUGAAGUGUGCAGUGGACGUCUGAAACUUCCUGGCAAGAGAGAUGUUGCAGUAGCCAUAAAAACUCUGAAGGUUGGCUACACUGAAAAGCAAAGGAGAGAUUUCCUGUGUGAAGCAAGUAUAAUGGGACAAUUCGACCACCCCAACGUUGUUCACUUAGAAGGAGUCGUUACCAGAGGGAAACCAGUCAUGAUUGUAAUAGAAUACAUGGAGAAUGGGGCCUUAGAUGCAUUUCUUAGGAAACAUGAUGGCCAAUUUACAGUCAUUCAACUAGUGGGAAUGUUGAGAGGAAUUGCUGCCGGAAUGAGAUAUUUGGCCGAUAUGGGAUACGUACACAGGGAUCUUGCAGCACGCAAUAUUCUUGUCAACAGCAACCUUGUUUGUAAAGUGUCAGACUUUGGCCUUUCCAGAGUUAUAGAAGAUGAUCCAGAGGCUGUCUACACUACUACUGGUGGAAAAAUUCCAGUGAGGUGGACAGCUCCAGAGGCUAUCCAGUACCGCAAAUUUACGUCAGCCAGUGAUGUGUGGAGUUACGGAAUAGUUAUGUGGGAAGUAAUGUCUUAUGGAGAACGGCCUUACUGGGACAUGUCAAAUCAAGAUGUUAUAAAAGCAAUUGAAGAAGGCUAUCGUUUGCCUGCACCCAUGGAUUGCCCAGCGGGACUGCACCAGCUGAUGCUAGAUUGUUGGCAGAAGGAACGUGGUGAAAGGCCAAAGUUUGAACAGAUAGUUGGUAUUCUGGACAAAAUGAUUAGGAACCCAAACAGCUUGAAAACACCACUGGGAACCUGUAGCAGACCAAUUAGCCCUCUUCUGGACCAGAACACUCCCGAUUUUACCACUUUCUGCUCCGUAGGCGAAUGGUUACAAGCUAUUAAGAUGGAAAGAUAUAAGGAUAAUUUCACAGCAGCAGGCUACAACUCUCUUGAAUCAGUUGCCAGGAUGACUAUUGAGGAUGUGAUGAGUUUAGGGAUCACGUUGGUUGGUCAUCAAAAGAAAAUCAUGAGCAGCAUUCAGACUAUGAGAGCACAAAUGCUACAUUUACACGGCACUGGCAUCCAAGUGUGAUAGACAUUUCUCCCUUAUGAGGGAGGUGACAGACUGAGAGAACAGCACUGGCCUUCAGUAUAUAUGAAGUGCUGCUAGAAGACACUUGAUUUCCUGGGUCCUUCCUGCAGUGAAUAGAAGAGCUACAAGAAGCACCUACAGACUUGAACUCCUAAGUGCCACCAGAAUUUAUGAAAAGGGAAUUAGGAUCCACCAGUGGUGGCAAGGAAAACAGCAGUGACAAUAAACAAAGUACUACCUGAAUAAACAUACAAACACCUUGAGCUCUCUAACCUCCUUUUUAUCUAAUAGACUUUUUAAAUGUACAUAAAAAUUUAAAAAAGAAUAUAUUUGUCAGAUAAAAUCAUGAUACUAUUGUUGAAUUCAACAAAAUAUUUUCCUUAAAUCUGUGAUUUCUGAAUCUUUUUUUAAUCAUUUGUGUUAUUCUUCAUAAAGAUUUUCUUUUAGUAUGAUGUUUAUAUCUUUGGACCUUUUUAGUGCUAAUUCUAUGACACAUUACUACACUGGGUACCUCUGAAGGAUUAUUUGAGUUCCUAGAGAUUUAAGAAGCAUGACCAAGCAAUGUAUAUCUGUCUAAACUUUGGUAUCUUUUUGUGCCAUUUACUUUUGUUAAAUCAGCACCGUAUUGACAUGGCUAGGUAAUUGGCAGGGAGUCAGGAAAAUGCAAGUUGCCAAGAGCUCUGAUAUUUUUUAAAGAAUUUUUUAAGGUUACACAUAUACUAUCUUUUAAAAGAAAAUAAUAGAGAAAAAAAAAAAAAAAAAAAAAAAGAAAAGAAAAGAAAAAAAGAAAAGCAAUAAUGACCCCCUAAGUAGUUCUAGGCACUUUUAGCAAAUUGUUUGCAAGAUUAUUUUAAUGGACUAGAGUUAAAGUGGGAUAAUAUCCUGAGAUGUAGAUCUACAACUGUAAACCUGCUGAGAUACUGCAUUGAAUGGACAAGUGAUUGUAGGAGUGUCUCAGAACAUAGGUGCAGUUCUCCAGUGUUUCCUAAACCAGUGAAUCUGAGCACAUCACAUUUUUUUUCAAUACUCUGCAUUA